GUGGAGAUCGUGGUAGCAAUAAAAGCUUUUAAGCUGUUUAAAAAAAUAAAAUACAAAUUAAAUUAAAAUGGCAACUACAUUUACCAUAAAUGGACAACCAUAUACGGUGAACCUAAGUGACCUCCCGCCGGACAUAACUUUGAAUACAUUUAUAAGGGAACACGCCCAACUGACGGCCACGAAAUUCAUGUGCCUGGAGGGAGGAUGUGGAGCCUGCUGUUGUGCAGUUAGCGAUGGCAAGAGUACCUGGACCGUGAAUUCAUGCCUCAAGCUGCUGAAUACCUGUGCCCAGCUGGAGAUCACUACCUGCGAGGGUCUGGGCAACCAGCUGAGUGGCUACCAUCCGAUUCAGAAGCGACUGGCCAAGAUGAAUGGCACCCAGUGCGGCUUUUGCUCGCCGGGAUUCGUGAUGAACAUGUACGGGCUGAUGGAGCAACAUGGCGGCAGGGUGACCAUGGAGGAGGUGGAGAACUCCUUUGGUGGAAACAUCUGCCGAUGCACUGGCUAUCGUCCCAUCCUGGAUGCCAUGAAGUCCUUUGCGGUGGACAGCAAUAUUGAAGUUCCAAAGGAGUGCGUUGACAUCGAGGAUCUGAAUCUGAAGGCUAGAAACUGUCCAAGGACAGGAAAAGCUUGCAAAGGCAGCUGUCGCCAAUCUAAGCUGAUCUACGAAGAUGGAUCCCAGUGGUACUGGCCUAAUAACCUGGACGAGUUGCUUGAGGCGUUGGAUAAUAUCCAGGAUUCGGAAGAGUUUAUGCUAGUUGGAGGUAACACUGCUCAUGGUGUUUACAGAAGAUCACCAGAUAUCAAGCACUUUAUCGAUGUGAACAGUGUGGAAGAUCUGCAUCAGUACAGUUCUGAUAAAGAUAAGUUGACACUGGGAGCUAAUCUCAGUUUGACCGAAUCCAUGGAAAUCUUAAGGACUACUUCCAAACAAUCUGGCUUUGAGUAUCUUGAAGUUCUGUGGAACCAUAUCGAUCUGGUUGCCAAUGUUCCCGUACGAAAUUCUGGCACCUUGGCGGGUAAUAUCUCGACUAAGAAACAACAUCCCGAAUUUCCAUCGGACAUAUUCAUAUCAUUUGAAGCUCUAGACGUGAAAGUGAUUGCCAUGAUGGGAAUCAAUGACGAAGUGGCUAUGUCUCUAGAGGAGUUUUUGGGAGACUCUGAUAGAAAGAUUCUGCUCAAGGCAUUUGUAUUGCCUUCCUACCCCAAGGAUAAGUACAUUUAUGACUCCUACAAGAUCACGCCUCGUGCCCAGAAUGCCCAUGCCUAUGUGAACGCCGCUUUUCUACUAGAACUAGAUACCGAUUCCAAGGUAAAGUCCGCCCGCGUUUGCUUUGGAGGAAUUAGACCAGAUUUCACCCAUGCCACGGACAUUGAAGAACUGAUGGUGGGUCACAGUCCCUAUGAAUCCAAUUUGGUGGAGCAGACAUUCACCAAGCUGGAGAACUUGGUUAAGCCGGAUGAAGUAUUGCCCGAUGCCAGUCCCGCCUAUCGAUCAAAGUUGGCCUGUGGACUGCUCUACAGGUUUCUCCUGAAACACGCACCCGAUUCGGAGGUCAGUGGGAAGUUCAAGAGUGGAGGCGAGCUGCUCCAACGGCCCCUCUCCUCGGGAUUGCAGCUCUUCCAGACCCAGAAGCAGACCUACCCGGUAACCCAGGCGGUCCAGAAGCUGGAGGGCAUGAUCCAGUGCUCUGGAGAGGCCACCUACAUGAACGACACCCUGACCACAUCCAACUCGGUUUACUGCGCUUUCGUGGGAGCUACGAAAGUGGGAGCCACUAUUGACCAGAUCGAUGCCUCUGAAGCUCUGCAGCAUCCUGGAGUGGUGGCCUUCUACACUGCGAAGGAUAUUCCCGGAACGAAUACCUUUUGUGAGCCCAGUUUUGGUUACGAGGCGGAGGAGAUCUUCUGCUCGGGAUUGGUGCGUUACUCCGAACAGCCAGUGGGAGUUAUAGUGGCUCUAACUGCAGACCAGGCUCAACGGGCUACGAAGCUGGUGAAGAUAAGCUACAGCAAUCCCAGCUCCGACUUCAAGUUGAUGCCGACCUUGGGGCAUGUGUUCGCCGCGGAAACUCCAGAUCCUUCUCGCAUUCUGCCCUUGGCAAUUUCCAAGUUGAAGCAAGUCAAAUUCUCUGACAAGCCGGACUUAGAGGUGAGGGGCAUCAUCGAAAUGGGUCUGCAGUAUCACUUCACCAUGGAGCCCCAAACAACGGUGAUAAUUCCUUUUGAAGAUGGUCUUAAGGUCUUUUCGGCCACCCAAUGGAUUGAUCAAACGCAGUCUGUAAUUGCCCAUACACUCGGGAUGAAGGCCAAGGAUGUUCAGCUACAGGUUCGCCGAUUGGGAGGAGGCUAUGGCUGCAAGAUUUCUCGGGGAAACCAGGUGGCCUGUGCCGCCGCCUUGGCUGCUCACAAGUUGAAUCGUCCAGUUCGAUUUGUACAAACUCUUGAGUCUAUGAUGGAUUGCAAUGGAAAGAGGUGGGCUUGUAGAUCCGAAUACCAAUGCCACGUUAAAAGCAAUGGGAGAAUUGUCGGACUGUCCAAUGAUUUUUAUGAGGAUGCUGGCUGGAAUGCGAAUGAGAGUCCUGUGCAAGGACACUCCACUUUUACAGCAGCCAACUGCUAUGAGUUCACGGACAGUAACUUUAAGUUAUCUGGACAUGCCGUCCUCACAGAUGCCCCUAGUUCCACUUGGUGUCGUGCUCCGGGAUCUGUAGAGGGUAUAGCCAUGAUGGAGAAUAUCAUAGAGCAUGUGGCUUUUGAAAUCCAAAAGGAUCCUGCUGAGGUGCGACUGGCCAAUAUUAGCAAAAAGAGUAAGAUGGCAACUGUUCUUCCGGAGUUCCUCAAGUCGAGGGAGUACUAUGAACGUAGAAAGGAGAUCGAAAGUUUUAAUUCUACCAAUCGAUGGAAAAAGCGUGGCCUGGGUUUAUCUGUGAUGAACUUCCCUGUUAUCUAUAUUGGACAAUUUCCAGCCACAGUGACCAUUUACCAUGUGGAUGGCACCGUUGUGGUCACCCAUGGAGGUAUAGAAAUGGGUCAGGGUAUGAACACGAAGAUAGCUCAAGUGGCGGCCUACACCCUGGGAAUCGAUUUGAGCUACGUCAAAGUAGAGUCCUCGGACACCAUCAAUGGGGCCAAUUCGAUGGUCACUGGUUAUGCCAUCGGAAGUGAGAGUGUCUGCUUUGCGGUUCGUAAGAUCUGCGAGACCCUUAACGCACGUUUGAAGCCAGUGAGGAAGGCCAGGGCCACUUGGGUGGAGACCGUGGAGGCGGCUAAUGCUCAGCUGAUCAACCUGAUUGCCUCGGAUCACUAUAAAACCGGGGAUAUGCAGAACUACCAUGUGCUGGGACUGGCCCUCUCCGAGGUGGAGAUGGAUGUGCUAACCGGGAAUAUUUUGAUCAGGAGGGUGGACAUCCUCGAAGAUGCUGGGGAGAGUCUGAGUCCCUGGAUAGAUGUCGGUCAGGUGGAGGGUGCCUUCGUGAUGGGCCUGGGCUACUGGUUGAGUGAGCUACUUAUCUACGAGGGUGAUAAUGGGCGACUUCUGACCAACCGCACCUGGAACUACAAGCCACUGGGGGCCAAGGACAUUCCCAUUGAUUUCCGAGUGGAGCUGGUCCACAAUCCUCGUCCCAGUGGCUCGGGAUUCAUGGGUUCAAAGGCCACUGGGGAACCACCUUGCUGUCUGGCUGUCAGUGUAAUAUUCGCUUUGCAACAGGCCCUCCAAUCAGCUCGUCAGGAUGCAGGACUUCCUCGCGAAUGGCUUCGUCUGGGGGCUCCCACAACUCCAGAGACCUUGCUGCUAAAUGCCGGUCAUCAAGUCGCGGAAUUCAAAUUGAAAUAGAUCUGUUCUAUAAUUAUAAUAUAUCCUACAUAA